AUGGAUGCGCUGGCACCGACAAGAUCAUCCAACAGUGCCUCCAAAGCUUUCAAGUCAAAGUGUGCAGUGAUUCCAAAUACAACAUUACAGCUCCUCAACUCCGUCUGGUACUACCAUGAUGCAGCAUUUGACGAACAUGGAGCACAACACUUGAACCAACGGACAUUUGAUCUUCUUACCAAGAAGGAGAAUGAAGGCAACAAUGCCACGAUUGCUACAUUCAAUGAAAAUGAUUUACAAUCCUGUGGCUACACCGCCAUUGGGGAUGGACGGCAUUAUCAUGACCUCAAUUUGAUUCGAAUUCGACUAUUGGAAAUUGUCAUCAAGGAGCUCUUUCCCCACAUUGCAAGUUGGGAGCUUGAAGAAAAGGGGCGCUUGUUGACAGUGAAGAGAUGA